AUGGCUUCCUCACUCGUUUCUUCAUUUCAACCCAGCAAUGUUAGGUCAGCGUUUUUAGGCGACAGAAACGUGUUCAAGGUCUCAGCCUCACCGUUUGCUCAAGUGGGUUUCUCAAGCAAGACCAUCGAGUGCAAGGAAUCAAGGAUAGGGAAGCAACCAAUCGCUGUACCGUCCAAUGUAACCAUUGCAUUAGAAGGCCAAGACUUGAAAGUGAAAGGUCCAUUAGGAGAGCUCGCUUUAACUUACCCACGCGAAGUUGAGCUCACCAAAGAAGAUUCCGGUUUCUUGAGGGUCAAAAAAACCGUCGAAACCAGAAGAGCCAACCAAAUGCACGGCCUUUUCAGGACUCUUACGGAUAACAUGGUUGUGGGAGUAUCAAAGGGGUUUGAGAAGAAGCUUAUACUAGUUGGUGUUGGUUAUCGUGCUACUGUGGAAGGGAAGGAACUGGUUCUGAAUCUCGGGUUUUCUCAUCCGGUUAAGAUGCAGAUACCGGAGAGUCUCAAAGUGAAAGUGGAAGAGAACACGAGAAUCACUGUGAGUGGAUACGAUAAGAGCGAGAUCGGGCAGUUUGCUGCGACGGUGAGGAAGUGGAGGCCACCGGAGCCUUACAAGGGUAAGGGAGUGAAGUAUUCUGAUGAGAUUGUUCGGAGGAAGGAAGGUAAAGCUGGAAAGAAGAAGUGA